AUGCCGACCCACAAGCUUGGCUUGGCCGACAUGCCUCUCGACGUUAACCUCCAGAUCCUCGAGGAACUGCCCGAUGUCUCGUCGCUCAAAAACGCAGUCCUGGCCGUCGACUCUCUUCAUCGGGCCUUGACUGCCCGCCCCAAGUCCAUCUCAACCCAAGUUUUGAGGAACGAGCUGCCCGAAAACAUCUGGGAGCAUGCCAUUGUCAGCCAGAUGCUUUCCAACGGCAGGGUGGAGACCCCUGAUCUCGACGGCAUUGAAGUGGCCGACAUUGCUUCUUACGUCGACGCCGUGCGGGUGCUCCGCGACACCGCUCCGCAGACCAGGGUUUCUCCCCCAGAUGCCCUCGCCAUUUCCCGGUUUUACUGCAAAGUUUCGGAGCUCAGGGCCCUGUUCAUCGAAGACUGCGCCUACUCUCAGAAGCAGCAGUUUGAUCCCCUCUGGAAGUCGAUUCACCAUCGCCCCCCGAUGCUUUCGGAGCUCAACAGGAUCGAGCAAGCGCUCUAUCUCUUCCAGAUCCUGACUCGCCUGUGCAAGAAGAUGACCUUCAGCGAGACGGUCGAGAGUGGGUAUGCUGCAAGAUGCCGCGAAAAGGUGGCUGAGCUGCAGCGCUGCCUUGUGAUGCGCCUCAUGGCCCCCUGGGAACUCUACCAGGUGAUUGCCAUUGAGUGUUAUUUCUGGCGCGCUACCCAUGGGCUCGAAGGCCCGGCGGACAUUGCCGACCGCUUCAUGCCGGACAUCUUGGCCUCGGGCCUUGACCUCAUGCACGAAGCCCUCUGUCUUGUCGGCGGCCCCAAUGUGGCCGAGUUCAUCGCCCCCUUUGAGGAGCGGGCUCUCAGUCGGCCAUUUCACGCCUUCAGCGCCAUCGUUUCGCGAGGCUUCAGCAAAGCCUGGACCCGAAUGAAGCCGCGACGCUUUUCCACGUACACUUCUUUUGCAGCGGACAAGGACAAGCUCGGAUACCGCUCCUGGGUGAGGGUCGAGAAGGAGCAGCUCAAGCUCGUCGGAAACCACCAGAUCUGGACAGACCUCUUGUGGGAUCGCCUCGAGGCUCUAGAGGAGCGACUGGACCUCUGGGCUGCGGCGCUCUGGGACGCGUGUCGCUGGCCGGAGAUUCUCGUCACUGUGCAGCGGCCCGAGCCCCGGCUGUGGCAGGGAAUGAAGCAUCGGUGGAGCUCGAUCCGGAUGGUGUUUAUCUUCGUUGCCGAUCCUUGGACUAUCAAGGAAGCCUUUGAUGAUGCCGAAAAGGAGAAGCUGGAUGCCCAGCUUGGACGGAGCAGGCGGAUUUGA